GUCGGUGGAAAAGCGUCGUGAAAAGCGGUGCAUUGGAAAAGGUGAAAGUUCAUGGUCUUGUGCAAAAUGCAAAUCGGGAAGUUUCUAAUCACAACGAUGAGUUGAAGCGCCGCCAUGGACAAAUACGAACAAAUUUCGGUGGUUGGGGAAGGCUCCUACGGCUUGGUGAUGAAAUGCAGACACAAAGAAACCGAUCAAAUCGUCGCAAUCAAGAAAUUUCUUGAAACGGAAGAAGAUGCAACGAUUCGCAAAAUGGCGUUACGCGAAAUUCGGAUGCUCAAAAGACUGAAACAUGAAAAUCUCGUCACAAUGAUCGAAGUUUUCAGGCACCGGAAACGCUUCUUCCUCGUUUUUGAGUUUUUGGAAGGGACGGUCUUGGACGAGUUGGAGAAGAUGCCGGGGGGGUUGGGGGAUGAAAGGUGCAGGGAGCGGAUCUAUCAAGUCACGAGGGCCAUCAACUACUGUCAUAGCAACAAUAUUAUCCACCGUGAUGUGAAACCCGAAAACGUCCUUGUGUCUUCCCUCGGCGUGGUGAAACUCUGCGAUUUUGGUUUUGCCCGUCUCGUGUGCAUCUCGGGGGAGCCUUGCACCGAGUACGUGGCGACGCGGUGGUACCGCGCCCCCGAACUCCUCGUCGGCGAGUCGAAUUAUGGUGCCCCGGUCGAUAUCUGGGCCAUUGGGUGUCUCUUCGCCGAGAUGAUGACCGGCGACCCCCUAUUUCCCGGUGAGAGCGACAUUGACCAACUGUACCUCAUCGUUAAAAUGUUGGGGAAACCGUGCCACCGACACCAACAUCUCAUGUCCAGGAGUUCGCAUCUGCGAGGGAUGAUCAAAUCCGCGUCCAGUGAGCCAGAUUUCGGGAAACUCUUCCCCAAUUGGUCGCUCUUCGCCCUUGAGUUUCUCGCGACUUGCAUGAAAAUGGACCCCCAUGAGAGGUCCACGUCGGAGGAGUUGUUGAAGAAUAGUUAUUUUACCCACGAUAGGUUCCCCCAGAAGUUUCUGCCGGCGUUACGCGAGAAAGUUAACACAGAAUUCAACAAUAAUCCACUUUUGAGAAAAUACAAGACUGAGAUUUUGAUGUCAACGGAUAAGAAAGAAGAGACAAAAAGGCGAGGGGGAGACCAAAUCAAAUGGAGGUUUAGUCUCGCCGAAGGCAGUAUUAAACGAAAGUACAGUUACGAUAUAUUCAACGAGAGUGAUAAAAACUUGAUAAGUCUGUCCAAGACAAGUCAGAGACUGAACGUGGUACAAAAAUCCGGUCAAAAACCCAACAACUCGUCCAAAGAAAAAGAUAAGAAGCCAAGUGGGAGCAACGCCGAAAUGCAAAUGCUCGAAAAAUCAUUAGAAAGUUUAGUAAAAUUCAGUGAACGUCCAGUGUCUGCGCGAAAAGAACCCGAAAGCCCGCUCCCCCCGUCGCCCCCUCAAUUCCAAUCCUUGCAACAAUUUAGUGACUUUAGUAAAUCCCCCAACGUCUUGCACCCCAGCAUCAACAACAUUAGUUUCAACAAAGACUUCCCGAAAAAAUCCCCAAACUUGCUGCAAAGUUUAACAGUGAAAUCGAACUUGAAUCAAGUGCCGCUGUUGACAAACCCCCGGACUCAGUUUUUGAAAAAAAUUCCGGGUGAGAGUAGUGUGACGGACCCCUGGGUGGGCUUCUCCAAGAAGAAGGAGCAAAAAGCUCGAAACGAUGUUUUCACGCUUCCGAAUUUACCUGGAGCUACAGGAAGUCCCAACAAAAACCGGAAAAAGUCGGAGGCGGAGCUACUGCAAUCGAACAUUACCGUAACACCAAGAAUACAAUCAUCUACCUCACAAAAACUCUCACCAUCCAAAAACUCGAGUAGUUUUCCUAUGAUGUGAUUUCAUUACUUAAUUUUUCUUGUAAACAGGAGCGUCUUUUGUAAACGUUCUUUCUCUUCUAGGCCUACAGAUAUAAGAAAGCUAAAAGGAAACUCAAUAUUUUGGAUAUUUCACUCCCUUUGUCUGUUAAAGAAAAAGGAGAUUAGUUUUUUAUUAUAGAACCCAAUUAUUAUGUACCAUGUUAUAUUAUUUAAAUAAAGGAUAUAUUUAUACCUAA